GCAGGAGACAGGAGCCAGUGCUCCUUGGGGUUCAGGACCUCCAGGCAGCACAGAUGGUGCCUGGGAGCCUCCCUGCGAGUGGCCACAUGUGCCAUGCAGCUGAGGACAGACCCAAGCCAGGAAUCGGAGCUUUCUAGGGGCUUCUGGCCUCUUUCCAGCUGCAAGCCAUCAGCAGGAAGAUUGACUGGGACCUGGAGUCCAAGGCGUGUGCUCUGCUGUGUAGCGCCCAGACGUGCGGUCUGGCGGAGCUGGAAAUUUGAGUCUUGGGGAGGCUGGUCAAGAGGGCCUCUGCCUUGUCACUAGUUUUUGAGCACCAGGCAGACAGCUCAGCUGAUGUUCUGGCAUGCUACCUCCCUACCCCACUGAGCCAAAAUGACCACCCAGACUGCUGCCCUGAGACUGAAGAAUCAGGGAACAAAUGGAGGCCUAUUUGGGAAAGACAGGGAUGCUGAGGCAUGGCAGCUGAGGACACUGCCCUAGGGGCAUGGCAGUGUUGGAAGAGGAAGUUGGGGCUACCUCUCCAUACCUCUCAAAUAUCUCCCUGAUUUCUGGGUCUUGGGAGUAUGGCUAUAUGGUUCUCUUUGGCUUCAGCCUAGAAUAAUCAAACAAAGGGAGGGGGUGAGGGGAAUUUUGCCUACUUUGUGUAGCCUUUCUGGGGUGACAGAGUAGCACUCUCACCCCAUUUGACCCCAUAUCCUGGGAAAGUCUGGAAGAACUAGAAGCGGGGCCAGAUGUCAGCAGGAAUCAGUCGUGCAGUGUGGGUGUCUGGGGAUUAAAGGGAGGUUGGGGAUGCCAGGUGGGUGGUAGGCUGGGAGAGAUCAUGCUGAGGGUCAGGGAGGGGAUGGUGCUCUGGGAUCUUGCUUUAAAGAUCACUCCGGCAGGGGACUGAGCCCAGGGAAGGGAUUAUGGUGAGUGCCUUUGUUCCUGGAAGGCCAGUUCAGGGUGAGGAUAAUGAAGUUGGCACUUAAUAGGACCGUCUUUGGCCAGUCUUUGUAUCUACAUCAUCUCAAGUCCUACAACAACUCUGCAAGGUGCCUCCUCCCACAUGGAUCCCUGGCCUCAGCCUGCCCAGGCAGGCUGGCACAAGGUGAGGGCUCCCUUGCCAGCCCCUCCUCCCUGUCUGUCUCUUCCUUCCAGCGGGUUUGGCUGAAGUGUGGAGGGAGGGAAUGCCACUCUUUCCAUCCAGGCCCUCAGCAGCAGGCACCUCACGACUCUCUCCCACCUGGACACAGCUAACAGCUCCUGCCAUGGACAGGUGGUACCUGGGUGGCAGUCCCAAGGGGGAUGUGGACCCAUUCUACUAUGACUAUGAGACUGUCCGCAAUGGGGGCCUGAUCUUCGCUGCUCUGGCCUUCGUGGUGGGGCUUAUCAUCAUUCUCAGUGCUGGCAGGGAGAAGGAAGGGAAUACUGCAAAGCUGAGUCCUCCAGGGAGGACAGGAUCUCCUUGGAAGAGAGAGGCCUGUGGAAAUCAACUUCUUUUCUUUCUUCAAGGCAAAAGACUCCGCUGCAGGGGCAAAAAGCAUCGGCCAGUCAGUGAAGAUGAGCUGUAAUGACAGGUCCUGAAGACCAUCAGUCCUUACAGAAUCACAGAAGGCUUAAGCACAGAAAGUCUUAAGAAAGAAAAAUAGAUGAUCCUUACCUUUCAGAAUUUGCUCUGCAUGUGCGCUCAUUCACUGGUGACAAAUAAAGUGUGACAAGCCAA